GAAAUAAAAACCCAACAAGAACCUAUCUAUCGUUCCCUCUCUCUCUCUUUCUCUCAAAUCGCAGUUAGAGAGAAACGGCCAUUGAGACCUAAGAAAGGUCCUCCCCAUUUCAUCGGCCGGAGACGACGGAGAGAAUCUGCGACGGAAGCAAAACCGGAUCCAUUGUGGAGGACGGGGAUGAAGAGAUUUGCAGUGCUUCUUUGCGCAGAAGAUUCCGAGUACAUAAAAAUCAAGUACGGAGGAUAUUUUGGAGUGUUCGUCAGAAUGUUGGGCGAAGAAGGCGAGGCUUGGGACCUUUUCCGCGUGGCCUCCGGCGAGUUUCCGACCGACGAUCAGAUCUCCGCCUACGACGGCUUUGUGAUCACCGGCAGCUGUAACGAUGCCCAUGGCGACGAUCCUUGGAUCCGCCGAUUGAUCAUUUUGUUGCAGAGAUUGGCGUGCUUGAACAAGCGAAUCCUCGGCAUUUGCUUCGGCCAUCAGAUAUUGGGACGUGCUUUGGGGGGAAAAACGGGCAGGGGGAGAUCUGGAUGGGACAUUGGGAUCACAACCGUACACGUGUCGUCAUCUAACAAGCUCUUCUCAUACCUCAAAAUACCCACGGCACUCUCUGUAAUCGAAUGCCAUCGCGAUGAGAUCUACGAACUUCCGACCAAGGCGGAAGUGAUUGGGCGGUCAGAUAAGUAUGGCAUAGAAAUGUUCAAAUAUGGAGACCAUAUCCUAGGCAUUCAAGGUCAUCCCGAGUACACUAAAGACAUUCUCCUACAUCUAAUUGACCGUCUUGUCUUACGAAAACUCAUCACGGAUGAGUUUGGUGAGGAGAUGAGGAGCAAUUUGGAAGAAGGUGAGGCAGAUAGGGAAGCAUGGAAGAGGCUUUGCAUCAACUUUCUCAAGGGUGGGUUGUGAUUUUAGAGAAACAAAAAUGGAAGUUGUGGAGCAUCGGACUAGAUUU